AUGGGAGACCUCCUUUCAGCAGGCACCAACAGCUGCCUGGUUAUUUUGAUCUGGUCAGUAUUGCUCGUAGUAUUUCUGCUUGCAAAGUUUCUGCGGAAGGUUAAGGAAAAGAAGGUGGUAGGAUCAAGAACAUACAAGUUGCCGCCGGGAAGAAAAGGCUGGCCGAUAGUCGGUGACAGCUUCGAAUGGUACAAUGCUGUUGCAGGUUCUCAUCCCCCGCAGUUUGUUGAACAACAGACUAAAAGGUUUGGGAAGAUAUUCUCCUGCAGUUUGUUCGGAAAACGGUGUGUGGUAUCCGCCGACCCGAGCUUUAACCGGUUUGUGAUGCAAAAUGAAGGUAAAUUGUUUCAGUCCAGCUAUCCGAAAUCUUUCAAAGACUUGGUUGGGAAAAAUGGUGUGAUCACAGUGCAUGGUGAGCAACAGAGGAAACUCCAUAGCAUCGCCUCCAAUAUGAUGCGUCUUGAUAAGCUUCUUAAGAUUAAUCUAUUGGACGAUGUUCAAAUGGUUAUCACUCAAACUUUGAGCAAUUUCCCAACCAAUCAGCCAUUACUUCUCCAGGAUGUUUGUAGAAAGGUAAGUAAUUAUCAGUUAGCUAUACAUCUUAUGGUUAAUCAACUAUUGGGAAUUUCAAGUGAGUCGGAGAUUAAUGAGAUGGCUCAGUGUUUCUCCGAUUUCGUUGACGGUUGCCUCUCCGUUCCGAUUAACUUGCCCGGUUUUGCUUAUCACACUGCUAUGAAGGCACGGGAGAAAAUCAUAACCAAGAUAAAUAGGAUAAUCAAAGAACAGAGAGAAGGAGCAACAGAAAUUGGUAAUGGCGUGCUCGGAAGACUACUGGAGGAAGAUUGCUUAGCUGAUGAGUCUGUUGCAGACUUCAUUAUCAAUCUUCUCUUUGCUGGAAACGAAACAACUGCUAAAACAAUGCUAUUCGCAAUCUAUUUCCUUACCCAAUGUCCCAGAGCAAUGCAACAAUUACUGGAUGAACAAGACAGUCUCAGAAGAAGCAAAUCUGUUGGAGAGGAAAUGCUUACAUGGCACGAUUAUAAAGCAAUGCCUUUUACUCAGUGUGUCAUCGAUGAAACACUUCGACUUGGGGGAAUUGCAAUUUGGCUAUUGAGAGAGGCAAAAGAAGACGUUGAGUACCAAGACUAUGUUAUUCCAAAAGGAUGCUUUGUCGUUCCAUUCCUCUCAGCUGUUCAUUUGGAUGAGAAUGUGUAUCAUGACGCCCUCGCCUUCAAUCCUUGGAGAUGGAUGGACAGUAAAAAUCAGGAGAAAAGAAAUUGGAGAAGUAGCCUGUACUUUGCACCCUUUGGAGGAGGAGCCAGAUUCUGUCCAGGAGCUGAGUUGGCUCGCCUUCAAAUUGCCCUUUUUCUCCAUUAUUUUGUCACAACAUAUAGCUGGACCCAAAUCAAAGAGGAUCGUAUGUCCUUCUUUCCCUCGGCUCGUCUAGUGAAUGGAUUCCAAAUCUGCGUAACUAGACGAAAUGAUGGAAACAAGCUAGAGGCCAUGGAGGUGCAACAAUAUUAG